AUGGUCAUUGCAUACUUUACACCUGGAUUUGGAGCCCUUGGUGGCGCCCUGAUAGGAGGCUCUGCUGCCAUUUUGCUUCUAUUCUGCGGAGAAAUCUUGGGAGCCAGUGGCCUCGUCUCUUCCACAGGUCUCUACCCACGAAAGGCACUCACAGACCCUGGAGUUGCCUGGAAGCUAUUUCUCAUUGCCAUCUUUAUGCUUGUUUCCAAUGUUGUCUUGGCACAAUUCUUUCAUGAGGAUAACCGGUUAUUCAACGAUCCAAGCAUACCAAUUGUCAGCAUGGCAGGAUAUUUGAUUGGCGGCUUCUUUGUUGGGUUCGGUACCCGAUUGGGCAAUGGAUGUACCACAGGCCACGGCAUUUGUGGUAUGGCCCGGCUCAGCAAGCGAUCCUUCUCUGCGGUAGCUACCUUUAUGCUAUCUGCUAUUGCCACUGCCAACGUGGUGGCACCUGAUAACAAGGCUCUUGCCGAGUACACUGCCUUUUUGCGUACGGACCAAUCCUUUGAACUUUUCAAUCAAGGGAUCGGACUGGCUGUCGUGGUCCCCAUUGUUCUGGCUGCUGCUUAUGCCUUGUUCAAUCUCCGAAGGUCCUAUCAACUUAUCAGCACUGAUGCUGAAGCGAAGGUUGCACCAGUGGAAGGCUCUACUGAACUGCACGUCGUCCACCACCAUGACGAAGAGGCUGCUGAUCCUACUAAACAACAAGAAGCUUCUGCUGACACUACGGAGCAAAUAGCUUCCGACUCUGUAGUCGAAGUCGAGCCCAAGUUCACUGCCAACAAGAAGAUGCCAAAUCGAAACGAACGCGUCAACAUCAUGGACGGUGUGAGCAAGCUGAAACCGGCAGCAAUGGCAGGUGUCACUUUUUCCACUGGCCUUGCCUUGAGUGGAAUGGUCAAGCCAUCCAAGAUCAUUGGUUUCCUCAACUUGUUUCUACUGGAAAAGGGAACAUGGGACCCAACUCUCAUCAUGGUCAUGGCUGGGGGAUCCAUUGUCAGCUGGAUCUCGUAUCAAUUUGUCUCUGGACAUGGAAUCGUCCAAAACUCGUACGCCAUGGAAUGCCCACGCAGAUCAAGUGGCUUUUCGAUUCCCACCAACAAGAACAUUGAUGGCCAAUUAUUGAUUGGUUCUCUGUGCUUUGGAAUUGGCUGGGGAGUUGCUGGAUUGUGUCCAGGCCCUGCCAUGUUCUUGGCUGCCAGCGGUACCAUACCAAUCCUCGCCUUUUGGUGGCCAACCUUCUUCCUUGGAGCCUUGCUGGCACAAAAGAUUAAGGACCGAUCAUAG